AUGUUUCCUGCCAGGGCCCUAGCACGAAGCGCACGUGCUCUGCUUCCGCCUCUCGUUUUGAGGAGAAUCGUGGCGUCCCCAGCAUUUAUAUACCCUGUGAGCCAAGCUAGGCUUCAGUCCACCACAGAAACAGCCAAACCCAAGUUCAACAGGCCGCCUAUGAACCGGAAACUCAAGGACAUCUCGAAACAGGUGCAAAUGUCGGCUGAGGCAGCGCUACCGCUGGAGUUGGCCGAGGCAAUCGACAUUUUGGAGGAGGGUGCCUCUUACCUCAGAGAGGUGCAAAAAGCAGAAGGAAUCAGAGACAAACAGCUCUACGCAGCUUUCCAGUCGAGCGUGGCGUUGAUUAUGGAGAAGGCGGCGCUGGAAAACGCCAAUUUGGGUGGCCGUUCCGAGGAGGAUGUGUUGGAUAUGUUGAUUCAGUACAGAUUGGCUCAUGGAGCCAACUUUUUGCAGCUAGCAAAGCAGGUGAUCAAGAAGGAAGGUACUGAAAGCUAUCCGGCAAUAUUGCAGCUCUGGCUUAAGUACUUUGAGUACAAGAAAGCAGCCAUGGACGAAAUGCCUUCGGUUUAUGUCGAUGCUGAGCUCGACGUAUACAAGCAGAAGGGCUACCUGUGGCUGGCGCCUCGCAACUUGGCCUACUUUGCCUUCGUCAUGUCUUGUGUCAACGGAGGCGUCGAACCUUCGGCUGAGAACGCCCUCAAGCUUCUUGGCGCAGAAGAGCUUCCAUUGGUGCACUAUGUCAAGGACACUUUGAGAAAAUUGGGCGCCAACGAGCUCAUGAAGCAGUUUCCCAGGUUUGAGCGGGCCCAUGCUUCCAUGAAGGCUGAAGCCAUGGACCCUAACGGGAAAUAUGUUGUGCAGCAAAUCGAAAGAGCGGUGGCGGCAGUCAAUGCAAGUAUCCUUGAAACCUUAUACGAGGAUAUGGUGUCUGCAUCGAGCAGAAACGAUAAGGCUAUCACCGAGGCAACGUUAAACCGUCUUAUGCUUGGCUUCAUCGAGGUCGGCCGCUACGAUAGGGUUUUUGAUAUCUUCAGAAGCAUGCUCUCGGGAGGAAUCAAGAAACCCAGCAUCAACACCUUUGAUCUUGUGUUCAAAGCAUUGGGCCAUCCAAACAGACUAAAGCCCAUGACGGAAAAGGAACGCAAGGAGGUGGGCACCACGGCCGAUGCUACGUUGAAAGCUAUGCUUGCAUCGGGCCAAAAGAUGACGGCUAGAACUUUGGCGUAUGUGGUUGGAUGUUUUGCCAACAUCAAUAACUUCGAGCGUGUGGAUGAGUUGAUGAAGGAAUACUCGAGGUUCACAACCAUCGAUGCUACCAAGAAUAACAUUUUGAUUGGCCUCGUGAUGAACAACAGAGUUGCUGAGGCCGAAGCCAAGCUCCAAGAAUACUUGUCCAAGGACCCUUCCUUCGUGCCUUACACAUACACCAUGAACUCCUUCUUCUCUUACUACACAAAGAAGCGGAACUUUGAGGAAGCAGAGAAGUUGCUCGAGUUCAUGAGGGCAAAGAAAAUCCCCGAGGACGUUGCCACCAUCACCACGGCCAUUGACUACUACUUCAAACUCAUCACCUCGCGUGGCCAGGUGCCCGACAUUGUGUUUGUGUUGAGCAAGUUGACCAACAAAAAUUUCCAAUUCACCCAGGGCACUGUCAACACCAUCAUUGACACCUUGACCAGGACUGGCACCAACUUGGAGGCCGCAAGAACCGUUUACAAGCACUUCACGGCUGAGCAACCCAGAUUCAAGUUUUCUCCGGCCAUGUCCACCACCAUGAUUGGCGCCGAGUUGUCGUUUGGGUCCGUAUACAAUGCUGAGACGCUUUUCGAUUUCCACAUCAACCAGAUCAGAAACGACGCUAGAAUGUGGAACUUGAUGAUCCGAGGGCUCUUGAGACAUGACGUAGAUCUAGUUGUCAAGUACUUCAACAAGUUCAAGCAGCAAAAGGCUUUUGGCGUGCAGCCGAACUACUUCACGUUCUACUUCAUGAUGACGCAUUUCAUCAGAAACGGACUUAAGGAGAAGACUCAAUGGGCGCUCGACGAGCUUGCCAAAGCCGACUUGAAGGACUAUGGUAACCAGUUACCUGAGAUGGUGAACUCGUUGAAGAACGACUUCCAAGUGGACCCUGCGUUGGCUGCAAAGCUUAAGGUGUAA